CUCCAGAGAGUCCCAUAGAGAACGGAACAAAGAGAACAGAUUUCAAAAUUAGGGUUUAUCUUCUCCCCCUUUUUUCCUCUGGCUUUGGGAGUUGGUUCUCUUCCGUCGUUGAAAAAAACAUAAGCAUGAAGAAGAAGCUCCAAACACGUUUUCCAGCGACAAGGAUUAAGAGGAUUAUGCAAACUGAUGAGGAUGUGGGGAAAAUAGCUAUGGCGGUCCCUCUUCUUGUUUCUAAAGCUUUGGAGCUAUUUUUACAAGACUUAUGUAAUCACACAUAUAAUGUAACUCUCAGCCGAGGCGCCAAAACAGUCAACUCUGUUCAUUUGAAGCAGUGUGUGCAGGCGUUCAAUGUCUUUGAUUUUCUAAGAGAGAUUGUCGAUAAAGUUCCCGAUUUGGGUGGCUCAGAAGCUGAAGACUGCUCUGCUACCAAAAGAAGGAAAGUUUUCGAUGGAAGUAUUUGCAACGAUGAAGAUAUGAAGGCCACUCAAAUGGAUGAGGUCAAACAUAGUGGCGGUGGCAGAGGAAGACGGGGCAGAGGCCGUGGACGAGGUCGUGGAAGAACUGGAAAUGGCCUGUCUUUGGAGUUUGAAGAUGAUUUAGGAGAUGUUUCUCCCGAAAGAAGCAGGAGCAUUUCUCCUGAAAACGGGAGCCUUUCUCAUGAUGAUGUAUCUUGGAAGAAAGAUUUGAAACCCAAGAAUGAGUUGAAAGUAAGGAACUUUGAUCUGAAUGUUGGAUUAGAUGAGAAUGGAGAAGAGACUGAUACAUCGCUGGAAAGACGGCUAGAGGGAAGAAGACCAGGUUGGCCGUUGUUUGGGAUCAAGGAAAUGAAAAUAGAUCAUGAUCAGGAGGCUAGUGCUAAUGAGGAAGAUUAUGAUGAAGAAAGCAUAGACGAAGACUGAAGUUUGGGGGUUUGUUUUAAGUUAGGUGAAAUGACAAAGUUAAGAUAAGAAAAUUCAAGGUUAGGCGCUGACACAUUCAUUAUAUUGUAGAAGCAAGUGUUGUGUUUAGAAGAUUGCUCACAUUCACAUUAUGUAAUUUCGUCUUCUGCGUAUCCAGCUCUCAGAGCUCAUUUAUCUCUUA